UUUUUUCGUUUUUUCUUGGCACAAGAAAGCAGGGACCCUCACUGCACACAGCGUAGAUCUACAGCAGGUUUGAGUCGAGUCCAGGACAUUCAUGAUUCCCUAGCCCUUCCUGGCUGUGUUGGUAGAGUUUUUUCAGUUGCUGCAGAGUAACCAAGAAGGUUGUUACGUUCUGAUGUUUGUUGCGGGCAUUCACUCAGGUCUCUUGAGUUGGACUAUUGGGCUAGAGGAAGAUGUCUCGUCAUGAAGGGGUCUCGUGCGAUGUGUGCGGCAAGUCUAACUUUCGGGGCAAGCGCUUCAAAUGCUUGAUUUGCUACGACUACGAUCUGUGCAGCAGUUGUUACGAUAACAAUAGUGCAUCCGGCUCGUCCGGUUCUCACUCCAUUGACCACCCAGUGCAGUGCAUUCUCACGCGGGCUGAUCACGAAGUCUACUUUGGUGGUGAUACGAUUAGCUAUGAGCGUGCUCAGUGCUUCACGUGUCCGUUGUGCGGCCAAAUGGGCUUCACUGAGCGUCGCCUACAGGAACACGUCGUCACUGAGCAUGACAACGCCAGCAAGGAAGUGGUAUGUCCAUUGUGUGCAACCCUUCCAGGUUGGGAUCCUAACACGACAACGGACAGCCUGGUAGCACAUCUGGCUAUGGACCAUCGUUCUCGUCAGCAGCAGACGGACAAUGCGCAUGAGGGCGAGGGCAUGUCGUAUCCAUCUCACAUCCGCCGCAUGUUGCAAGCCCGAGCUGCCUCUGGCACAUCAUCCGCCACCCCUGCCAGCUCACUGGGACGAUCGCCGUUCAGCUAUGCCUCGCUGAGUCGCUCCCAGCCGCAGGCAUUCGGCGGCUCGGAGUCAAUUCGCAAUGCAGGCAGUGGCGGCGCCUCCUCUGCGGCGUGGGGCGCCUCUCCGCAGUACUCACCCCCGCCGAUGGCCUUGGACUCUGCUGUUCCUGUGUCAUUACUGCAGCCUAGUCUUGGUAGUGGUGGCGGUGGCACGGGUUCUGGUGGUUCGUCUACACAGGCGGCGCAGGACAAUAUCAGCCAGGACUUGGUGGACUUCAUCACGCAGAUGUCACAUGGCGAGCAGCCUACGUCGGCAUCCUCUGAUGGCCGUUUGCUUGCAAUAUCGUCCGGCGGCCAGUACGUCUUGCUAUCGGGCAACGGCACGGAGGGAGCGCCGACAAGCGCCAGUGAACAGCGGCGUCUUGAGCGCCUUGAGCGGUCCAACGCCAAGCGGUUCUACUCUAUGGCCGGUGGUGGUGGUGGCAGCAGCGGUGGUAUGUCGCAGGGCAGAGGCGUUCCUUCCUCUCAGCAGUCCGCAUCCAGUGGUCUGCAAAGCCAGUGGGAGUGCCUGAUGGGCGCUAACGCACCGACCGGAGAGUUCAUUCUGGAUAGCGCACUCGAAGAUGUUUCGGCUCGGCCGGCUGCGCCCGAUAAUGAAGCGGAUCGAGAGCUGCGACAACAACGUGCCAGCUUCAGCCAAGAACUCGUCCUGUCCAUGCUCGACGUGACUCUCGAUAGCUCUCUUCUUGAGCACCUUGAGCAGCUCAGUUCUGAAUCAGAGCAGGAAAGUUGAUGUUGGCUCUUUGCUUUCCUAGCUUGUCUAUCAUGUUGUGCUAUUCAUUAUGCUUGUGUGUUAUUCUCAUUGCGCCGCUUAGGUUUUAUUUUCCUUUCAAAUCACCUUAGAGAACAUAUUGAUCGCCAUGCUUUAUCGUGAGCGUCUCGUACUUCGCCGCACUCACCAGCACGGUCCGCCGUGACCUACUGUGACGUCCGUCCUAACCUGUGCAUGGUUAAAACUCUCGACCCCCAGCAGGGCGGAGUCGGAGAGGCGUUGAUCUGGCCCCGCUGAUCUGCUGUUGCUUUGCCAGUGAUAGUAGCACUACACUAACAGCGCAGGCAGCACCGCCAGCUUUCUGAUUCGUUCGAAUUCUUUCUGUGUCGGAGUUGUGUCAGCACUCUCGAACCAUCUCCAUUGCUAAACACUGAACAAUUCGCGUCCUCGUCUCCAUUGAACAGUCCACGUCCCCAUUUCCAUUGCUAACAAUUUGCCUUUUAUCCCCUGCCUCUCUGACAUUUAGCCCCGCUCCUGUGUGUUUGUUCUGAUGUCCUUGUCCGGUUGCAGUAUCUCCUACCCACCCUGUAAACAAGUGCAGGUCACUUUCCAACUAGUAUGCUUGUGUGUGUGUGUGUGUGUGUGUGU